AUGGAUUCAGGUUUGCUGCGAUCAGAAGGUGGAGUCGUGUCCCAAAUGCCCACGAAUUUCGUUUGGCCAAAGGAGUAUUUGGUGGAUGCCCAAGGCGAGCUCCAAGCACCAGUGGUGGAUCUUGAUGGGUUUCUGAGAGGGGACGAAGAGGCCACACAAUGUGCUGCAAAGCUCAUAAUGGAAGCGUGCUUGAACCAUGGCUUUUUCCAAGUGAUCAACCAUGGGGUUGAUUCAUGCCUCAUUCGUGAAGCACAUCAUCAAAUGGACACUUUCUUUAAGCUCCCAAUUCACAGGAAGUUGAGUGUUCACAAGACACCAGCUUCCAUGUGGGGCUACUCUGGUGCACAUGCUCAUCGCUUCUCCUCCAAAUUGCCAUGGAAGGAAACCCUCUCUUUUCCCUACCAUGACAACACCUCCGAACAUGUUGUAACCAACUACUUUAAAUCCACCAUUGGAGAAGACUUUGAACAAGCUGGAGUGAUAUUCCAGAAGUACUGCGAUGGUAUGAAGCAGUUGGGGUUGAAGCUGACGGAGCUAUUGGCCAUAAGCUUAGGCGUGGAUAGGUUGCAUUUCAGGGAGUUGUUCUCCGAUGGAUGCUCCAUCAUGAGAUGCAACAACUACCCAUCUUGCCAACAACCGAACCUUACGUUGGGGACAGGACCACAUUGUGAUCCAACAUCAAUAACCAUACUUCACCAAGAUCUUGUUGGGGGACUUGAUGUUUUUAUGGACAACCAGUGGAAGACGGUUCCACCUCGUCUCGAUGCCCUUGUAAUCAACAUUGGAGACACCUUCAUGGCGUUAUCAAAUGGGAGAUACAAAAGUUGUGUGCAUAGGGCAGUGGUUAACAAGUACAAGGAGAGGAAGUCGUUGGCGUUCUUUCUGUGCCCUAAAGAAGACAAGGUGUUGAGAGCCCCAGAUGAAGUUAUUGAGAUGGAUGGGACGAAGCAAUAUCCCGAUUUUACAUGGUCAGAUUUACUUCAUUUCACGCAAAACCACUACAGAGCAGACCAAGCUACUCUGCCAAAUUUCUUCAACUGGUUCCUAUCUUCCAAAACCACAGACUAGCUUUUCGCUAACCUACAAAUCCAUUCUGUUCUACUACUUUUUCUUUUUCAACCACCUUCUUCAACACAAUCUCCCUUCUAAAUUCUCCCUCUACUUUUCCCACCUACUCUCCAAAACUUUUCUACCAUCCAUCUCUCUUCCACUUUGCUUAUCCACUCGCCUUAAUCUUUCGUCUACUACCUUUUUC